AUGGCGAGUUACUUUAACAUGAACGAAUUCAGUGUAGAACAACUUUUGGCUCUCAACAGUAUCAUAGACAGUGAUAAGGAUAUAGAUACAAGGGUGGAGGACAUUCUGAUGGACAGAAACUACAGGAUUGCUCCUGAUGACAAGGGUGAGAGUCCAUUCCAGGGAGAAAGACAAUUCGUAGAUGAAGUUGACCGUGAUAUGGAAACAAAGAAGCCAAGACGUAUUCCUAAAAACUAUAAGGGUAGAAGAGGAAUUAUGCCAACAUGGAAGUACUCCGACAGACAAAAGGCUAAGGCGCUACUUGUAGAGGAGGCAUACCAGGGUUUCCUCUCUAAGGGAGUUCAAGGACUGCCGCCAAGAAUGGGAGGUAGAUGGCGCACAGACGAUCCUCAAGUAAAUGAGGAAAUUAAGAGGAUUGAAAACGAAAGGAAUCCUAAGAUAAAGCGUCCUAGAGGUAGACCACCAAAGGUAAAGGUUGACGCUGAAGUAAAGGUUCCUAAAAAGAUAGGUAGACCACCAAAGGCAAAAGUUGACACCGAAGUGAAGGUUCCUAAAAAGAGAGGUAGACCACCAAAGGCAAAGGCUAAUGUUAAGGUCAGGAAGCAAACUGUAGCUGAAAGAUUCCUGAAUCAAAGGAAGGUAAAACUCUCGGUGCCAGCAGAUAGUAUCAUAACUCCAACAGGUCCAGGUAAGUUUACAAUUCACGUGGAUCUUAAUAAGAGACCAGUGAGGAAAGCUCCUGAGGUACCUAAGGGUGUAGCCCCAUGGAGACCGAUACCUAAGCCUAGAACGGUACUUCCUAGGGAAAGACUUGUGCCGAAACCCAGGACUAAGCUUCUUAAGGAAAGACCUGUACCAAAACCUAGGACUAGGAAACUAGUUUCUCCUCCUAAGGUCCGUAAGCCUGUAAGAGUGUCGAGGGAAGUCAAGGAGCAACCUGCAGUGGUUACACCAGAGGAAUACGAAAUAGAUCCAUUCGGAACAGACCUUGAAAAGCCAUUUCACAGGAAAAUCGAAACAGCCGCAAAUGGAGCCGCUGUGACUUACUCGAUAACUCCUCAUUAUAUGGACCCUCUGGACCAGAUGACUGCAAGUAGACAGGUAGUGAGAGGAAUACUUGUGAACGAGUUAAAGAGAAUGGGUGGGUUGAAGUACACAGCGACUCUGAAGGUGAGAAUGUCAAAGGAAAUUGGUGAUGGGAAAACCAAAAAGGACUCAGUCUACUUCAAAUCUAAGACUGGUACUGCAACUAACUUCGAGGAUAUUGAAAGUACAGCUGCUCAAAACCAACUGACAAUAUUGUCUAGGAUUGAAACCUUCCAAAACUUAGGUUCAAAUUGGAUUAUACUCAAUAUUGAGAGUCAUUACGUAAACAUUGCAAUGUAUAAACCGUUAAAGGGUAGUUCAUAUAUGAAACUUCCCAAGGAUAUUAGUAAUUCAAUGUGUGGGCUCAUCAAUAUGAAGAACAACGACAACCUGUGUUUCCUGUGGAGUCAUGUGAGACAUCUGAAUCCUAAGGCUAGAAGAGCAACCACUAUCACACAGAAAGAUAGGGAAUUCAUAACAAACCUGGACUAUGACGGUAUAGACUUCCCCGUGAAGAUAAGUGACAUUGAUAGAAUUGAGAGGAAAAACAGUAUCAAUAUAUCAGUGUUCGGUUACAAGGGUAAGAAACAGUUCUACCCCAUAAGGAACUCGAAGUCCGCAUACGAGGAUCAUAUGGAACUUCUACUCCUAGGUGAUGGUAAAGGUAACAACCAUUAUGUGCUCAUAAAGGAUGUAAACAGGAUGCUUUUCAGUGUAAGUAAACAUACACAUAAGAAGCACUUCUGUUUACACUGUCUUCAUAGUUGUGUGAGCAAAGAGGUACUGGAGAAGCAUAAGGAAACAUGUCUGGAGGUAAAUGGAACUCAGGCUGUAAAGCUUCCCAAGGAAGGGACAAAAAUCAAGUUCAAAAAUCACAGGAACUCAAUGCCUGUGCCGUUUGUGAUAUACGCUGAUUUUGAGUCCAUACUAGUACCAGAGGAGAGAAAAGUGGAGUCAGAAAACCCUGAGGAUAAAAGUAGUACAGAUCUUUACCAGACACACAAGGCUUGUAGUUUUGGUUUGAAGACUGUCUGCCACUAUGAUGAUAAGUACUCCGGUGAGUAUAAGAGUUACGUUGGAGAGGAUGCUGCAUUGGUCUUCCUAAAGACUGUAUUGAAAGAGUCCUUCAGAUGUAGAGAGAUGGUCAACAAUAUAUUCAAGAAAAAGAUGGUAAUUACACCCAAACAGGAAUUCGAAUUCCAGGCUGCAAGAAACUGUUCAAUAUGUGGUUACGAUCUAUGGUGA